UUGUAAGCGCAUCGCGAAACGCUUUGGUUGUCGCUUUGUUUUCAAUCGCGUGUGAACAGUCGGAGUCUAGAAGUUAUACAAAUAAUAUCAAUAAUUAUUUGGAGCGCCCAUCUUCAAGGAAAAUGCCUGGGGCACCACAAUGUUCCCGCUCGUACCCCUUUUUUCUUGUUAAUAAGUGACGUCACGGUGGCAUAGAGCUCUUAUCAACGCCAGCGAUAAGAAUGCGACAAAUGACGUCAAAAACAGUAGAGAGAGAGACACGAAAUGAAUUUAAAGCCAGCAAGAUAGAUGGUUAGAUAGCGGAUUGUGGAACCGUUGCGCGAACAGAGAUAGCAAUCCAAUAAGUAGACCCCCGUUUGGUGGCCAUUGGAACAGUUGUUCGACGACAUGUCCGCCGUUUGGAUGGGCGUCUUCAAGGUGGCCCUGAUAGUGGGCGUUACCUCGCUGGUGGUCAGGCGCGAUUUGUCCUUCCACCAAAGAACGCUUACAGUAGAAGAGGUGUACAAGGACCGCGACCAGUUCGCUGCCUUGGUGCGCGAGGUGGCCGCACCGGACGUGGGUCGCAUGGGCAUCGAGAUUCUCUCGUUUACCAUCAAGGACGUCUACGAUGAUGUGCAGUACCUGGCCUCGUUGGGCAAGGCCCAGACCGCCGUGGUCAAGCGGGAUGCCGAUGCCGGCGUGGCGGAGGCCAACCGAGAUGCCGGAAUCCGUGAGGCGGAGUGCGAGAAGAGCGCCAUGGACGUGAAAUACUCGACGGACACGAAGAUCGAGGACAACACCAGGAUGUACAAGCUGCAGAAGGCCAAUUUCGAUCAGGAGAUCAACACGGCCAAGGCCGAAUCGCAGCUGGCCUACGAGCUGCAGGCAGCCAAGAUCCGCCAGCGCAUCCGUAACGAGGAGAUCCAGAUCGAGGUGGUGGAGCGACGCAAGCAGAUCGAGAUCGAGUCGCAGGAGGUGCAGCGCAAGGAUCGCGAGCUCACUGGCACAGUCAAGCUGCCCGCCGAGGCCGAGGCCUUCCGCCUCCAGACCCUUGCGCAGGCCAAGCAAUGUCAGACUAUCGAGGGUGCCCGCGCCGAGGCGGAGCGCAUACGCAAGAUCGGUUCGGCGGAGGCCCAUGCCAUCGAGUUGGUGGGCAAGGCGGAGGCGGAACGCAUGCGGAUGAAGGCCCAUGUGUACAAGCAGUACGGCGAUGCAGCAAUCAUGAACAUUGUACUCGAAUCGCUGCCCAAGAUUGCCGCUGAGGUGGCUGCACCACUGGCCAAAACCGAUGAGAUUGUCCUGAUUGGCGGCAACGAUAAUAUAACCAACGACGUGACCCGCUUGGUGGCCCAGCUACCGCCAUCGAUCAACGCCCUGACCGGAGUGGAUCUGUCCAAGGUUCUGUCCAAGAUACCGGGGGCCAAGGCGUGAAACCUAAUGGAAUGGGAUAUCCAGGAAAUGGCAAUGACAACGUAACGCAGCGCAAAGGAAUUGUAACCGAUACAAAAACCAGAUAAGGAUAGACAACCGAAUUGAGAAAGAGACGACAGGAAGCGACAAAACAAGAUGGCGAUAGUUUGCUAGAGAGGGGACGUGCAUUUGUUAGAGAGAGAAAGAGGGAAACAGCGAAACGAACUUGAAAGACUCAAGUUUCGAAAUGAAAUCGAACGUAGCUAAAUGUACUCCGAUAUUAUAAUAUAUUUAUAUAUAAUAUAUAUAUAUAAAUAUAAAUAUAUAUAUAUUUGUAUAUGUAUAUGCACACAUGCAAUACACACAUACACUUGUCUCGUCUGUGUGGUGUGCUAGUGUGUGUGUGUGAUGUUUGGCGGCGUAACAAUCAAAAACAGAACACAAAAACAACCAACGUUUAUCUCAGCUAAAGUUAUGCAUUUCGUACGCAACAUUUUGUGGCCUUUUCUCUCGAAAACGAAAAACCGAUAACGAUAACAAGAAAUCAACGUGAAAUUUGUAUAACUUUAAAACGAAAACCAUUUAAACAGAGUGUUAGCUAUUUAUUUACUAUGCUAUAUAUACUAUAUACAUGCAGACUUGCUAUACACAAAGAGCUCUUUCAUUAAACACAUAGAAUUAUAUACCAGACAGCAUAUAUGUAUCAUUUUACAGUGUUGUAGGGAUCUGUAUAAGUAGUCUCUCUCCAUCUUCUUCUUAUACAAUUUCUAUCUGCUUAUGGAAUUUCCAUCUGUCCAAACUACAACUACUGCCUAUCGUCUAAAGCCAAAACUUUAAGCUAGUAAGCCAAAUGGAAAUAGAGGGAGAUUGCUUUUCAAGGCGGCAGAUCGAGCUACUAACCACAAAAAGCUUACAUGCUUCCAGGCAAAUAAAUUAUCCAUUAUUAUGUUUUUAAUAUAUAACCAACAAUUUAUUUGUUGAUUCGUGCCUGUUUCUUUCUUUGAAUUUUGUUAAACGAUUACUUUUUUCGGAAUUGUGGCAUAUAGGGUGCAAAUUACAAAAUGUUUGUCGGUUAUUGACGAUUUAUAUUUGUUUAUUUUUGAUUAUUAUACCAAAUGAUGCUUUGCUCGAUUAAUUUUAUAUGGCAUAUUGCAAAAUAGUCGUAUAUUACUUUACAACACUGUUUUUUCGGCAAUUGGCGCUGUUUCAAACCCCACACACACACUAACCAACACAAAUGAGUUUGAAUUAUGCAUUAUUUUCAGUGCGCAAGAAGAAAUGAAGCUUAAUUUCUUGUUAUACAAAGCGUUUAUGUAAUUAUGUUUGUCUCGUUUAAUAAUCUUUUAAUGUUUAUUAUUUAUGUAACAACACAUAUUGAACUACGAAUAUGCAUUUACAAUAUUUGUACUCUAUUCUUAUUCAUUUUUUUUAGUUUAUAGCAAAAGGAAAGAAAAAAACAAAAGAAAAUAAUUGAAAAAAACUACUAAUUUUGUUAUACACUAACGUCUAACUGGAAUUAAAUAGUUAAGCAAUUAAUUCAACGCUUUCAUUUCGAUAGAGUAAUUAACCCUAAUUUUUAUAAGCACUUCUACCAAUCACAUAUACACACAAGUACACCCAUUAGACACUCACCCAUACAUUUUUUUCUAUUGUAUAUUAAGUCCGAGUAAUUUUAAUUAUAAUGCAGUCUGAUGGAGAAAGCAAGAGAACAAGAACAACAACCAACCGAAGAACUAAAGAACUAAAAGCUAAACCUAAAUCAAAUGUAAAAUUUUGUGUAUUUUGUCGUAAAUAAAUAAAUUAAAAAGUA